CCUAGUUCUUGAUCUGGCUCCUUUUACAGUUGAGGACACUGAAGCCCAGGCAAGUUCAGUUGCCUAGUAGUUUUUCCCCAGGUAAUGAAGGUUUCCUGUAUAAUUUCUGCCAAAAUAUCCUUGUUUCCAUUAGUGUAAGAGUAGAAUGAUACACAUUGACUUGGGAAGAAUUCUGCAGGUUUUGGAAGGACACUUGUAGUAUUGACUAACUAUCUGAAUUUAACGGAAAGCAACCUGUAAAACAAGAACCAAGUACACUGGAAGCCACCUUGCAGUGGGCAGGACUGGGUUUGGCUUCAGCUGUUCAGCUUGGAGCAUUUUAGCUUUGUAACAUUGAUCCCCUUCAGGUGAGUAUUGGCCCUGCAAUUUGGAUUGUAAUGUCACUGCUAAUAAGGUUUAAAAUGAUCAAAGGUCCCAGACCAAAAGUUGAAACAAAUAUAUUCAGGAAAUGCAUUAAAAUAAUAAGGUUCAGAAUUAACUUACUGAGAAGUUACCAAUGAUGUUAAUGGAGACAUUUGGGUAGUGAGCAUUUGGAGAUUUUUGUUAAGAAACUUUCAAUAUUGGCUUUUAUUGAUGGAUUGAGAAUAAAGUUUGAUCUGGAGGGGAUAACAGCUUAAUUACCGCGAAGAGACUCUAGGAGUUGCCAGUAUCUUGGUCAUUUUAGGCUUUGCAUGUGAUCUACUUUGUUGGGGCGUGAAUAGGCAUUUCAUCAGUAUCACCCAGAGGUGAUUUUAAAUUUUAAAUUCUGUAUUAACGGUUGUUUUCUUUCCAGACUGCAAAAUUCAAAAUGGGGCUCAAGGUAUACGUUUCAUCUACACCAGAGAAGGCAGACCGAGUGGCGAGGCUUUUGUUGAACUUGAAUCAGAAGAUGAAGUCAAAUUGGCCCUGAAAAAAGACAGAGAAACUAUGGGACACAGAUAUGUUGAAGUAUUCAAGUCAAACAACGUUGAAAUGGAUUGGGUGUUGAAGCAUACUGGUCCAAAUAGUCCUGACACGGCCAAUGAUGGCUUUGUACGGCUUAGAGGACUCCCCUUUGGAUGUAGCAAGGAAGAAAUUGUUCAGUUCUUCUCAGGGUUGGAAAUCGUGCCAAAUGGGAUAACAUUGCCGGUGGACUUCCAGGGGAGGAGUACGGGGGAGGCCUUCGUGCAGUUUGCUUCACAGGAAAUAGCUGAAAAGGCUCUAAAGAAACACAAGGAAAGAAUAGGGCACAGGUAUAUCGAAAUUUUUAAGAGCAGUCGAGCAGAAGUCAGAACUCACUAUGACCCACCACGAAAGCUUAUGGCCAUGCAGCGGCCAGGUCCCUAUGACAGACCUGGGGCCGGCAGAGGGUAUAACAGCAUUGGCAGGGGAGCUGGCUUUGAACGGAUGAGGCGUGGAGCUUACGGUGGAGGUUAUGGAGGCUAUGAUGAUUAUAAUGGCUAUAAUGAUGGCUAUGGUUUUGGGUCAGAUAGAUUUGGAAGAGACCUCAAUUACUGUUUUUCAGGAAUGUCUGACCACAGAUAUGGAGAUGGUGGCUCUACUUUCCAGAGCACAACUGGACACUGUGUACACAUGCGGGGAUUACCUUACAGAGCUACAGAGAAUGACAUUUAUAAUUUUUUUUCACCGCUCAACCCUGUGAGAGUACAUAUUGAAAUUGGUCCUGAUGGCAGAGUAACUGGUGAAGCAGAUGUUGAGUUUGCAACUCAUGAAGAUGCUGUGGCAGCUAUGUCGAAAGACAAAGCAAAUAUGCAACACAGAUAUGUAGAACUCUUCUUGAAUUCUACAGCAGGAGCAAGCGGUGGUGCUUACGAACACAGAUAUGUAGAACUCUUCUUGAAUUCUACAGCAGGAGCAAGCGGUGGUGCUUAUGCAAACCAGUCCAGUUAUGGUGGCCCAACCAGCCAGCAGCUGAGUGGUGGUUAUGGAGGUGGCUAUGGCGGCCAGAGCAGCAUGAGUGGAUAUGACCAAGUUUUACAGGAAAACUCCAGUGAUUUUCAAUCAAACAUUGCAUAGGCAGCCAAGGAGCAGUGAACAGCAGCUACUACAAUAGUGGAAGCCGUGCAUCUGUGGGAGUGAACGGAAUGGGAGGGAUGUCUAGCAUGUCUAGUAUGAGUGGUGGAUGGGGAAUGUAAUUGGUCCUUAUCACUGACUCUUGGUCAACAUUAUUUUAAAGAAGAAAAAACAAACAAAACGUAACAGUUUUGCAAUACCAGCUUGUGAUUUAUGCUUACUCUAAGUGGAAAUCAGGAUUGAAUUAAAAACUUAAAGGUUCAUUAUUUUUGAACACAAAUAUUCAUCUAGGAUGUAACAACUAAGUUGAGUAAACUAUAACUGUUAAACAAUUUUUAGCUUUUCUCAAGUUAGUUCUAUUGUAGGAUGUACUUAAGCAGUAAGUAUAUUUAGGUUAAAGAAGUUGAAUUAUGUUAAAUGUUGCUCUUACAUCACAUCACAUCGAACACUUCAUGGAAGCAUGUUGAAAAAACAUGCUUUUUUGUAAAAAUAUAGGAGCUGUGUCUACAAUUAAAAGUGAAACAUUUGGCAUGUUUGUUAAUUCUAGUUUCAUUUAAUAACUUCCAAGGCAUGUAAGUUGAAGCUUUUUUAAGUUAAUGGGAAAAUUUUGAGACGCAAUACCAAUACUUUAGGAUUUUGGUCUUGGUGUUUGUAUGAAAUUCCGAGGCCUUGAUUUAAAUCUUUCAUUGUAUUGUGAUUUCCUUUUAGGUGUAUUGCGCUAAGUGAAACUUGUCAAAAUAAAUUUUCCUUUUAAAAACUGCA